CAAAAUCUUAUAUAUAAAAUGACAACUGUGACUUCUUAACACAACCAUUCUUCACCUUUUAUUCUGUAUAAAAACAACUUACACACAUAGACCAAGUUUAGCACAGAAAGCCAAACCACCUAUCUCCACCACCAUGGCACCACCGACGCUCCCACCCCAACCACCAGCCCGGCCGCGCAAGUCAAACCUAGUCCGCUGCAUUGCAAUAGUCCUCCUCGCCCUGAUUGUCCUUGUAGGUCUAGCCGUGAUUAUCAUUUGGCUAGCAGUCAAGCCAAAACGGAUGGUCUACUCCAUAGAAGAUGGCUCAAUCCAUGGCUACAACCUAACCAACAACCAACUCAAUGCCACCUUCAAAUUUGUCCUAAGAGCAUACAACCCCAACACCAGAGUCUCAAUCUACUACGACAAGAUUGAAGUGACGGUUUCUUAUGACGAUACCACUCUGGCCUUCAAUUCCGUCGACCCCUUCUUUCAGCACCACCGGAAUGUGACCAAGAAGGGGCUGACACUGGUGGCGCAAGGGGCGGCACUUUAUGGGUCUGUGGCGAGGGACCUGGGGCUUGAGAAAUCGUCUGGGAAGGUUGAGUUGGAGCUGAGAUUGAAGGCAAAGAUAAGGUUCAAGGUGGGUGUGUGGAAGUCUAGAAAGAGGACUUUACGGCUGUUAUGUGCUCCAUUGAUGGUGCCCCUCUCUUCACGAAAGGGUUUCACUAGAACACUCUGCGACGUUGAUCUUUGAAUUUGAGCUGCACUGCACACUGAUGAUGUGUUGGACUCUCUCUCUCUCUCUCUCUCUCUCUCUCUCUUCGUUUGUGGAUUUGAUUGCCAUUUUUAAUUUGAUGAAUCCCUUAUUGUUUCCCCUUUUUUGUCUGUCUCAUUCUAUGGUGUUAUGUACAAUUACUGAUGGAAGAUCUACUUAUAUAGAAUAAACCCUGCUUGCAUUUAUGUCAUGGUGAUCUAAUGUUAACAGAAAUCAACCAAAAGUA